AAAGUGUUGCACAAACUGACAAAGAACGUAGAGGGCACCGUAUAGACUUCGAAAUGGCGCUCGAGGGAUCUGAAGCGGCAAAAAUAGCGCAAGAUUUAGGAUCUGGAUCUUCAGAAUCAAGUGAUGAGGUUCUUGGAUUGUGCAAGAUUAGUCCGCUGACGUCUUCCAGUUUCAAGGAGAAAACAGAGCCCAAGCUUGAGGAUAAAAAUGGAAACGAUGACCACAACGACGACGAUGAAGAGGCAGACGAGCUCGUCAUCGAUGAGGGAAAAUCACCGGAAGAAGAGCAACCUAAAGCCAAGAAGGAGAAGCCAGAGUACAAGAGACAGGUAUCGACGCCUCUGAAGAAGAGAAAAGUGUCACUUGCAGAGGAUGAGCCUGUAUCUACACCAGCUAGAGAGGAAAAACCUGACGUCGAGGAAGAAACGGCGCCCGAUCUCACCACGUUUGGCCUGCCCCCGGGUUGGACGCGGAAGAUCACGGAAAGAAUGUCCGGGGCAUCUGCAGGAAAGUUUGAUGUAUACCUCACCAGCCCCGAGGGAAAGCGAUGUCGAUCGAUGAAUGAGGUUACCAACCACCUUGAAAAAACACAUUCACAAUAUACAAGCGCAGACUUUAUUUUCAAACCCAAGAAUCUCGUGCCCAGUGCUGUAACUCCAGCCGCAACGAGGGCACCAUCUAAACAACAAACAACACCAGCAAAGCGUUCGCCGACAAAGACGCCAACCAAGCGACGGAAAUCGGCGGAUAGCAAGGAAAGUACCAAAAAGGCGAAGGUAGACAAGGUGAAAGCUGUGAAGGAAAGGAAGAAGCGGAGCCCGUCAAAAAGCGCCACGCUCCAAAAACAGAAAGGAAAGGAGCCGCGGCUUGUGAGAAAACCGCCUCCGGAAAAGGCGAGUGUGAAAGCGAGCAAGCAGCAAAAAUUCCAGAGACUUCUUGUAAAGAUCAACUUCCAGCAGAAAGGCACAGACGAUAGUGAUUUGGACAGUGAGGAGGAAGAAGAGGAAGAUUCCUUUGACGAAGGAAGCGAACCAGAGGAAGAGAAGAUGGAGGAGAGUCCACAGAUAACACCUAAAAAGAGUCCAAGAGCCCAAAGGACUGGGAACGCCUCUCAUCGUGUUCACCGGGUCCGCUCGUCACGUUCGGGCUCCAUGGCGACAGCGACUGCGGAAACGGUGACAAGGAAGAGCCCUUACUUUAGUAGGAGCAGUGUCUUACGACCGUUACCGAAUUCGAGUAAUUCAUCUACCACCUCACCCACGCAGUGGACCCCGCCUCGAUCACCGUACAACCUGGUGCAAGAAAGCCUGUUCCACGAUCCAUGGAAACAUCUCGUUGCUACCAUCUUCCUCAACAGAACCAAGGGAUCGAAAGCCAUCCCCGUUCUCUGGCGGUUCUUUGAAAAAUGGGACACAGCGGAGAAGACUCGAUCAGCUGACUGGCAGCUGAUCGCUGAUCUGAUUCAACCACUGGGCCUUCAUGAAAAACGUGCCAAGAUGCUCAUUCGAUUCUCUGAUGAAUAUUUAACUAAAAGUUGGACGUAUCCCAUUGAGUUACACGGCAUUGGGAAAUAUGGCAACGAUUCCUACAGAAUCUUCUGCGUCAAUGAAUGGAAAGAGGUCAAACCUCAAGAUCAUAUGCUUAACAAGUACCACGACUGGCUUUGGGAGAAUAACGAAAGACUGGGAAUAUGAUUAAUGCCAUUAUAGUACCCGAUCAUGAUGUCGUUGAUGCAUGCUAUUUUCAUUAUUAACCUUUAUGUAUUACCUGUUUACUGAAAUAAUAUUACAAUCUUUUAUAGUGAUGCAUAUUGAAUUACACUGCGAAACCUUUAACCUCACUUAUAAUAUUUGCCCGUUCAUUUUAUCCAUCUCUAAAUAAAUCUUGAUAGUGUAUCUACACAGUUCUGGUGAAAAAAAUAUGAAGAUUCAAUUUACUAGAAUUCAAGGCCCCAUUUCAUUAAAGUUACUCUAAUUGUAGUUUUCUUAUGCAUUGGUAUAGCUUUCAAAGGAAGCCUUCGUUUUCAUCGAUUA